AUGAUAGAUACUCAAAAUUUAACUGUUCCAAAUAAUUUAUUGGCAGACGGCACUCCAACACGAUCUAGGAGAGGACAUAAGCACAAGAGAUCUUUUGCAAUUUCUGGUGAUUUCGAAUUCUUGAAACAGCCGCCAAAUGGUUCUGCUCAACAAUUACAAUGUUCAUCUCCCAAGAUAGAACCUCCAAAAUUAGUUUUAUCAAAUUCUAAAUUUCCCGAUGACGAAAUACUAAGUUUCUCACAAGUACCACAAUUUAAUUCGACGUCUCAGAUUUCUUAUCAAAGCCCAAGGUUCUUUGCGAGCGAAGAACCUAAGUUUUCAUCACCUUUCCAAGGUGUGCCAGAUGCUAUUAUUAAUCUAGAUGAUGCUUUAAAGACAAAACCUCGUUCGUUUAGAUCUCACAGGAGAACCGAAUCUGCUCCUGCUGAUUUAGAAGUACUAAUGACCGCAAAGAGUAUGCAGAUCCCUAAAGAAUGCAUAGAGGAAGAGGAAACUUCAGAUGUAGAAUCUAAGUCAAGUAGCAGUAAAGUUAAUGAUAAUUUUUUACCAGCUUUACUAUCACCAGUGAGACCCUCUACUGUUCAUACAUCUCAGCAUAUAAGAAAUAUUGCAAAUGAUGGGUCUCCAAUACAAUCGAGGACAAUACAAUUCAGUGAUAAAACACAACCACAACUUAAUGUGAAUAAUAAUUAUAAUAACAACGAUAAUAAUAAUAAUAAUAAUAAUAAUAAUAACAACAACAACAAUAACAACAAUACUAAUACUAGUACUACUAAUAAUACUAAUACUAAUAAUAAUACAUCUUUCAUUGCUGGUAAAUCGAACGCUUAUAAUUCAUUGAAAAUUAAUAGACAAAAACAGCGUUCAUAUACUAGACAGUUACCUAUAAAUUCAGUAUCUUCAAGUGUACAGUCCCAAACAUUGAAACAACAGACAUCGAAUUCUUCAUUAGCUUCAAGUUUUGUUAUCACCCCUGCAUCGUUGGCUCAUACCCCAUCUAAACAGAUUUCGACACCAGCUUCACCAAUUUCAUACGGUUAUAGGAAUGUAAAACCAUUUACAAAUGUUUCUAAGCCAAACUCCAGUCCAGCAUUUCAUUCUUACCAACAGAAAAAUGCGAUGUCUAAUUCUAAUACAUUUAAUUUUGAAAGUAAAAUAUAUGAUAUUCCAUAUACUGGCAGUGACUCAGCUUUCAAUUCCUCGAAAGAAGGUGAUUAUUAUGAAAACAACACAUCAAACGUUAAUUUAGAGAAAAAGGAUCCUGAUGAAACCAUCAGCAGUGAUGAGAUGGAUCCUGAAAAACUUUUUGCACCUUUAUCUGAAGAAUUAUUGUUAGGUGAACCAGGAGAUACAGUUGACUUGUCAUCUGUUGGUACAUCUAUAAAAGAUUUUGUCCAAAAAUUUGAUUCAUUGAAGAUAGAUGAUCAACUGGAUUCAGAUGAUAUAAUCUCACAUAAUAAAGUCGUAUCCUCAGUGUUACAGAAGGAUAGCAUGCCGGAGGCUAGAAGUGUGAGUGAUACGGUUGUAGUCAUCAACAAGACGAAUAAGAACAAACACAAUAAGAGGAGAUCAAGAUUAACUGCAUUUAUGAGUUUAUUUUCAAAAGACAAUUGA